UUUUUCUGCUGCCUUGAGUGCGUUGGGACGUUGAGGAUUUCCUGCCAAAAAGAGCGACCCAUGACGGGUUUUGGGGCAGACCCUUGGUAUGCGAUGCAGCUUCCAUAUCAGUGGGACUUCAGUCCCUUUGAGGACUUAAGGAGUCUUCGGCACCAAACAUUGGCUGCCAUUGAGACGUUGCGCGGCAAGAUUCACGGCAUUGAUGCGAGAGAGUUGCAACAGAAAGAUAGCUGGGUAAAGAUCGUGAAGGAUUGUGAAAAACCGCUGAAAUCGGCCGUCGCGAGCUGCCUGGACUGGUGGCGAAUGUCAGGCUAUGAGUUCCUGGUGUACAUUACGAAGUUCAGUGAAUGGAAGAAAUUCGCCAAAGACAUCGGAAAGGAACAGAUGCGGGCACUCUUUGGCAUGUCUCAGAAGCCGUUCUUUCAGAGGGUGCUGGAUCCGGAAAAUCCCAACGAUAAAUCGGCGAUCGAGGAACAUAACAACAAGAAGGACAAGGAGAUGAUUCUGAAGUCCAUGUUUUUCCAACGUUUGAAGAACUCCUGCGCCAUCUUCCAAGAAGAGGGUCCACAGUGGCUGAUGGAAGGUUGCAAUGAAAAUGUGGAAAACUUGGCGAUGGCGAUUUUGUGGUUGUACAGUCCCAUGAAGCUGCAGAAGGACUGUUUGGUGACCCUACGACCUGCCUGUCAGAUUUAUCAGCUGGAUCAACUUUGGCGCCACGAGGAUAAGGGCUACGUCUUUAAUUCCUUGACAAGGCCGGAGGCCUUCUUUGAGCAGCAACACCCUGCUGACCUCAUGCCGGACAAGACCCGGUUGCCGGAGUGGAACAUGGCAGUCCUUGAGAACCCGCAGGGGGACCCCUUCGAACUGGAAAACCAUGACGUUGAGGACAUGGCAUCGGCUUCAGUGCCGAAGAAGACGCUGGUGUUACAAAUUCAUGAAGAAGGCAAGACUCGGAACAGGAAGCGUCAGACCUUGCGGGGCUGGCCGGUGUUGUAUGAGGAUGAAUGGGAAAACAUCGAAAAAAUGCUGAAACUUGGCAAGUACGCGGCAUCAGAUGAGAUUGCCUUCUUUCGAAUGGGGGCUCCGGAGUCGCAGAAUCUUGUCGAUGCAGUGAAGCUGGAUGCAGACGCUUUGCAGAAUUUCAUUCAUGAAGAACAAGGUCGCGCUGAAGAAUCAGGGAAACUAUCGGCCACUGUGGACGUCAAUAUCACCAAGAUCACCCCCGAACUGCACAUCCCUGAGCUUGCAAUUCUCGCGCCAGUGCGGAGUGAAAGCAUUGGUGAACUCAGGAGAAGACUGGCUGCCAAGUUCGGAAUUGGCAGCCGCUUGCUCCUUUCUCAGGGACAGGAUGGACGAAAUCUGCUGGAAGAUGAUGUGCAACUUGAAAGCCUACUGGAGGACACAUCGAAGAUCGAGAUUCACUACCUCAAAGGCUUCGAUCAUCCCCACAUCAUGAAGCUCCUGGAGGAGGACUUGGUCGUCAGCCCUUUACCGCACUGGCGCUUUUCCACCGCCACUCUGCGGGGCCCUGAGCACCGUGCUGCUGCGGCACGCGCGGCGCUCAUCGAUGUGGCCUCGGCACUGCGACAUUUGCAUCAGAAUGGCUGGGGGCACAUGGAUGUGCAGCCAUGCAACCUGCAGAUCACUGGCCAGGUGAAAAAGGAUACGCCCGAGUCAGUGGACUUGAAGUUGUGCUUGGUGGAUGCUGGCAGUGCAGGGUUGUUGGGAAGCGAGUUGAGAACUUGGAGCUCCAGAUAUGCCUUACCGCAGGUCAGAAGUGGCGACACGAAAACCAUGAAAAAGGCUCUUGACUGGUUUGCUCUUGGAAUGACCGUGAAGGAUUUGGCUGAAGGACUUUGGCCCCAAGUCACAGUUGGAGAAGAGACACCUUUGACCUUGGUGGAAGCGAGCGAAAAAACCCAGCUGCACGAGGCUUCAGCAGUUUCAGCUUCGACGUCGACUUUCUCCCUGGUGGCUUUCCCAGAAGGAUCCGUAGAGCGGUUGAGUGAGGCCGACGGUUUUCUGGUCGACGAUGCAGAGCGGAAACUGCAGCCUGGUCUUCGGCUGGAGAACUUUGACACAAGGGAGAGCGUCUUGAAGAAAGUGCGUGAGAAUGGGCGGAUCUUGAAAUCUGUGCCCCCGGGUUUCAAGAGCAUGCAGGAUGUGGUGAUGGCAGCCGUGCAGCAGACUGGUUGGGCGCUGCAGUUUGCCGAUGACGAGCAUCGCGGAAAUCGCGACAUCGUCUUGGCAGCAGUGCGCCGCGACGGGCAAGCCCUAGAGUUUGCAUCCUCGCAGCUGCAAAAAGAUCCAGAGGUAGUACUGGAAGCUGUGAAGAACAGCGGCUGGGCCCUGGAGUUUGCCUCGGACUCCCUGCGCAACGCUCCCGCGGUGGUGGCCGAGGCGGUUCGCUUCAACCCCUGGGCUCUGGAGUUGGCUGAAAAGCUGCAGCAGAACUACGUCCUGACCUGGGAGAAGCAACCAACAAAGGGGGUGGAGAGUAAGCUUCCCCUGACCUGGGCUGCAUUGAAGCUGUGAGUCAGAAAACUCAGCAUAAAACUCAUAAAACCUCCAAAAGUGUGGGGUGUUGAAGAGGCUGCGAGAGAGCUCUGUCUUAUCAGAGAUUUAGGAAUCAACUUCAGGUUCGACAUUUUGG